ACGUCCUGACGUCAUUUUCGGGGCGGGACUAUAAAACCUUGUUUUCGAGCUCGAAGCCUCCAUUUGGUGAGUGUUACCGGAGCAGAGUCCGUCAGCGGUGUCGACAACCAGGCCAGACCCCCCCAAAAACAGAAGAAAAGUACAAAUCAAAGUCAGCCGCUCUCCACCAAGUUAUUAUCCGAAAGGAAAGCCAAUCUUAUCGUAUGUCCGCUAUCCAGAAUCUCCAAACCUUUGAGAUUGACCUGGCCAAGGAGGAGCAGCUCAAAGUCCACGGCUUUUAGAAGCUUCCAGCAGUCCUCCCCGCCUCUCCUGAAAGGCCAUCAACCCCCCCCCCCCCCCCCACCAUGUGCUGCUGUUUGUGUUCCUGCCCCCCCUCCCCCGCUGCAACCCACCAGCUCCUGUUAGCCAAGACGUGAAUUACCUCUAAAUAACAUGGGACUCUCUGACACCCCCGCAACACCGGGGGCAGGCUCUCUCUGGCAAAGACUGCAGCUCCACACGACAUCAGGGACGAGUGGUGACGACCCCCCCACACACACACUUCCUCCUUCCACGUCCCUCUUGAGUUAGUUUUAUUUUGCUUUUAGGCCUUGUGCCGCAGUAAGGAGGCAUCUUUCCAUGUAACCUUUUUGUUUUGUACUUCAGGUGUUUCAAUAAAACCAUGAGUCUCCAUAUGUUGGAGUGCAGUGUUGUCAUGGGGGGGGGGUCACACUUCAGCUGUUGGGUGGAUGUUUGUUUUUAAUUCCUUGGUCAGCAGAGGGAGGAAAAGUCCGAUUAGGUACAGAAAGGAGCUUUGGCUACUAAAACAUGAGCAUGUUGAGAUCACACAGCAGUUAACUGGGGGGGCGCAACGGCACUGCCCCCAUUUGUAACCGAUGCUGCGUGUGCUUGCAGACUCUGCCUGUAAAUGUCCUGAAAUGCAAUAAUUUCUAAAGUGGAAACCGUAAGAAAUCAAGCCAUGGAAACAGUUUCUUCAUUUGGUUCAAUAAAAGUUGUGCAGUUGCUGAAA